ACAAAAGUCUUUUAGUCAUAUACAAACUUACAAAAUCAUAAACUUAUAAGUUUUGGAAUAAUACUAUAAUAAUUAAGCGUAAGAAUAAUAAUGGGGAAUGAUAGAAAGAAAACAUAUGGAAUAUGUUUAUUGGUAUCUAUAGUCAUGAAUAUAUUGUUUGUCAUAUAUAUUUAUAAUAAUAAUAAUAAGUUUGGGUUAGACGCAAAUGGUGGUUUGAGUUGGAGUUUGAAAGCAGGUGGUGAGGCAGAAGCGGUUGCAGCGAUAUCAUGCUCCGGACAUGGAAGGGCUUACCUCGACGGAUCGCCGGAACCUGUUUGUGAGUGCUACGAUUGUUAUGCUGGUUUUGAUUGCUCUGAAUUCUCUUCUGGAUGUCCUGCAGAUGCUGAUAGCGGGGAUCCUAUAUUUUUGGAGCCAUUUUGGAUGCAAAAUGCAGAAGAUAGUGCAGUGGUCAUAUCAGGGUGGCAUCGUAUGAGUUACAGAUACGCUGACUACACUAUGAUGUCAACUGAACUCGAAAAGUACAUCCGUAAGAUGCAUUCCAUUGUUGGGAAUGCCAUCACACAAGGAAGAUACUUGGUUUUCGGUAUUGGCUCUUCCCAACUCCUUAGCGCAGCUGUUUACGCUCUUUCCUCCCAAAACUCAUCUUCACCUUCCAAUGUCCUUGCUUCCAUCCCAUUCUAUCCGAUGUACAAGACUCAAACAAUGUUAUUUAACUCGGAGACCUUUAAAUUUGAAGGAGAUACAAACUCAUGGAACUUGAAUAAUUCCACAAACAACAUGGAUGUGGUUGAAUUCGUAACGUCACCAAACAAUCCUGAUGGGGAGUUGAAGACAUCUGUUCUUGGAGGGAAGGCAAUAUAUGAUCAUGCCUAUUUUUGGCCACAUUUUACACCGAUCCCUGGCCCUUCAGAUCAUGAUCUCAUGAUCUUUACUCUUUCUAAGCUCACUGGUCAUGCUGGUACGCGUUUUGGAUGGGCGGUGAUAAAAGAUAAAGAUGUAUAUGACAAGAUUUUAAACUACAUCUCAGUGGCUGAUUUGGGGAUUUCAAAGGACACUCAAUUAAGAGUUUUGAAGCUUCUAAAAGUGGCUGUUGAAGAUGAUGGAAAACCGCUUUUUAAAUUUGCUUAUAAGACAAUGAGGGACCGUUGGGACAGGUUGACUACUGUCUUUUCAAAGUCAACAAGAUUUUCUCUUCAGCAAAGACACCCAUUGCACUGCAAUUUCUUCAAUGAAACUAGGCUACCGUCUCCAGCUUACGCAUGGGUAAAAUGUGAACGAGAAGAAGAUGAGGAUUGUAGUGCAGUACUAGAAGCUGGAAAAAUCAAAGGUCGCACCGGAAGUACCUUUAGUGCUAAAGAUCGUUAUGUUCGACUUAGUCUCAUCAAGAGCCAAGAUGACUUCGAGUUGCUUCUGCAACGACUCAGUGAACUCACUGAAAAUGGUAGCGCCGAGAUAAUGUGAAUGGUCCGAUUAGCAUAACAAUUGUUAUUAUUUCAAGAAUGGAAUAGGCCGGUUAUGUCUAUUAACCGCCUCCCUUGUAUGAUAUAUACUACUGUAUUUAAAAGCUAGGUUGUUGGGUCAUUGUAAUGUUUAGAAGAACUGAUUUUGAUUGAUUUAAAUGUAUAUAUAUAAAAAAAAAAAAAAAACGGUUGUACAACAUGUUA